AUGGCAAGCUUACUGGAUCUGUGCGAGCAGUACUUCGGCGCUCGUAACUUUUACGAUGUAUUGAAAAUACCGCAGACUGCGAACGACAAGCAAGUUAAGAAGGCUUACCAUAAGCUAUCGCUACUCGUGCAUCCGGAUCGAGUCGAGGAGGAUAUCAAAGCGGAGGCGACGGAGAAGUUCAAAGUUCUCGGUAGGAUACAUUCCAUCCUCAGUGACACCGAAAAGCGCAAGAUUUACGAUGAAUCCGGCCAGUACGACGAAGAAAGCGAGGAGGUCGUAAUGCGGAAUUGGGCAGAUUAUUGGCGGUCCUUAUUUAAACCAAUCACUGUGGAGGAUAUCAAUAAUUAUGAGAAAAAUUACAAGGGAUCAGAGACGGAAAUCAAGGAUCUCAAAAGAGCGUAUACAGACAGUAAAGGAGAUAUGGAUUACAUUCUGGAAGCUGUUCCGUUCACCAACUGUGAUGAAGAACCGAGACUACACGCCAUAAUUGAAGACCUAAUAAAGAGGGGUGAAGUUCCAGAAUAUACAGCUUUCACUAAUGAAAAUGAUAAGAAAAAGCAGCGCAGAAAAAGAAAGCUUGACGGGUGGAAGGUAGUAGGAGAAAUAGAAGCACCACUAGGAGGGGAAGGUCUAGUAAAUAAGUAA